AUGGGAAUGGAUCCAGAGCAGAUGGAGCCGUUGGCGGAGCCGGACUGGGAUGAGUUCAAGAAGGGUGCGCAGCUGGAGAAGUAUUUGAAGACGGUGGAGGGCGGAAUGAUGCUGGUUGCUCAAAAAAACAUCCCGAAAUUCUGGAUGGAUCUGCACGUCAACCAGCUGAUUGAUGCCAUUCGAGGGUUGAAAAAUUUGAAAGAAGACGAGCGAUUGAAACUGAGCCUUGGUGUGCUGAUUACGACACCUGGGCGAAUCAAAGCAAUGAAUCCGCAGCCAGUUCAGGUGCUGAAUUAUCUGAACUAUCUGUUCAGCACGGUGGGUAGUUUGGGGUUUGCAGCAAAAGAUUUAUCCAUCUUGACUGGCACCAUCGCGAAGUUGAAAGCAGCGUCAGAGGAGGACCGAGACUACUUUAUCAAUCAGCAAGUGGUGGAGGUGUGGACCAAUUGGAUGGAGAGCGAGGAAACCAAGAAUUCACCGCGUCCAUACUUUUUUGUGCUGUAUGCCAAGCUGCAAACCGCGAUCCUGAACGCACUCAAAUAA